CCUCUUCCUUCGUCAGUUAUACGAACCUUCUCUCUCCUUCACCGUCAAGUUUUCUCUCUCUCUCUCUCUCUCUCUCUCUUUCUGUGCGAUCAAAUCUAAUAGUUAUCGGCGAUGGCAAUAGUUGGAAAUGAUGGCGGCGGUGCUGGAGGGACUGGUGGCGCGCCGCAGAAGUUGCAGGAAGAGGGCAGCGACGGCCGCCACGCCUCCGCCGCCGACUUCGUCGAGCCCUCCUCCUGUCCCGAACCAACUCUAUCCGAGGCGUCUGACAACCCGCCGUCUCUCCAACGCUCCAAUUCUCACUCGCUGCUCUCUUUUUCCUCUUCCGACUCAGCCGCAUUCGGCGCCUUCAACGACCCGGCCACCGCCGACGUCAUCCUCCGGCUUUAUAUGGUGCAACCGUCGCAACUAGACUCGGAGUCGAUCUCUGCCGAGGAUUCUCGGGACAAAUCCGAGAUCCAGGUCUACUUACACUCCGGCGUCAUUCGCCUAUCAAAGUACUUCGCGGCGGUGUUGUCGGAUAGGUGGCAGGGAAACUCCGGCGAGAUGGAUGGAGAAAACUCGCGGAAAAUUUACCGGCUAAAUUUGGGGAUAGAGGCCGGGAGUGGAUCAAUUGAGCGCCAUUUGACUGUUCUGGAGCUUCUAUACACUAGUGAUUUCACGAGCGUUAUCAAUAGCGUUCCGGCGGCUCUGUACAUACUUCCGGUGGCUCUUCAACUGUUGUUUGAGGAUUGUGUUAGGGCAUGCGUUCGGUUUCUCGAGGCCGUGCCGUGGAGCGAGGAGGAAGAGAAGAGAAUUUUGAGCUUGGCUCCGUUUCUCGGGAACCAAGAGUCUCGGGAGCUUCUCGCUAGGGUUUCGCCUGCGAGGAAUGAUUCAUCCGAGGAAAUGCUGCACGGGUUGAUCGUGUCAGCGACUCAUAACCACCAGAACACGGCGUUCGCGAAGGCUUUCGUGGCGAAGCUAUUGAGGGAGUUCUCGUCGAGGGAAUCGGCCCGGAGAGUGUUGGAUAGAGCGUUCCAUACGAGCCUGAAGAUCGUGAAGGAGUCCUUGGAGGACUACUCGAGCCCAGACGUUAGAGGAAACCAAAACGAGAUGGAGGCAAUCCAGAGACUGCAUUUGCACACGGCGAUGACAAAUGGAAGGCAUUUGUUGUGGUUGGUUGAGAGGAUGAUUGAGUUAAGAGUGGCCGACACGGCUGUGACGGAGUGGAGUGACCAGGCCUUAUUCACGGCUAAUUUGCAUAGGGCUUUCCAAGAAGAGGCCUGGAGGAACAUUGUUCCGGGUCUUCCUACCGUGGUGCUUCGAUGCACUAGCAAGCUUGCCAACGCCGUUGCUGCUGGAACCAUUUUGGCUCCUAGAGAGGUGAGGACAAAACUCGUAAAAGACUGGCUCCCAGUGGUGAGUAUAUGCAAAGAGAAUGCCUCGCCCAUGCUGCCGGGUCAAAAGGAAUCGUAUUUGGAGCUGGAAGAGACGUUCCUGAAGAUCAUCUCUACCUUGCCCAUGUCGGAUGCACAGGAGUUGUUGCAGCAGUGCAUCAGCUUCACGACUCGGAAUCUGGAGGACUGCCCGCAUCUGGUAGCUGCAUUCAAUACCUGGUUCCGUAGGGCAGCUCUUCCCCCACAGCCUGAGAACCCCUAGGAGUAGAGCGCCGAAUGCUCAUCCAUGGACACUCCAAAAAACAGGCCGUUUGUUCUGUGCCUUCCCUGUCAAUUGUCAAACAUUGUGCAUAGUAUUGACCUGAUAUGGGUGAGCAGCUGUAAAGCUUGAUGCCGCCGUGUACAUACAGCCAUUUUCUCCGGCGACGUCAAGAAAGAUAAAACUCGUGUUUUAUGAUCUUCUUGUACAUAUAGAUAUACCCAUAUAAAUAUAUACCCAGUUAAUUACUCCAUCUAGACAUUUUGUUUUAUCCUUGUUUUGGGCACCUGGAGCUGGAAACUGGAAACAGAGAGAAUAAUAAAUCUUUCAAGGUUUUGGCCCUACAGCGUCAAUGUGUGGCUGAUUCUGUUCAGUCCACUUGAUGCUGUUCUUACCAAUUAUUUUAACAUUAGUUUCAUGAUCUUGAUUGAUUGA